AUGGAUGCUACCAUCUCCGCUACUCGUUCUGACGAUACCUCGCGCCUGAAGAACCAAAUCGGUCACUACGCAGCCUUCAACCUGUGUUCCCCGAUAAUGCCACCUAUAUAUGACGGCACUGGUUCAUGUACCCACCUGGGUAGUAACCACCCCGUUCUCGCUCGAUUUCUCUGUCCAGUCAGGGAACUCAAAGAAUUUUCAAAGGACGCUGAGAAGUAUGGCUCAGAAAAACUUCAAAACGGCAAGAUUAAGAUGACUGCCUCCGCUCUUCCUGCUUUUCUGUGGGCUGGGGAUCUACCAGGCAAGGACUACGAUGACAAUAACAUGUUCGAAGGCAUGUUCGACACAUAA